AAAAACUAAAAAAACAAAAUUUAGGAGGUUUCCUCUCUCCAACCGAGCGCGACAAACAAAGAAAAAAAAAGUUUUGAGCCAGCUGCUUCUAUCUCCUUCCGAGCACAGAAAGGAUUAUAAGCCAAUCGCCGGUUGCAGCAGGGACGGUUGGCCGCGCUCGCGCCGGUCGCCGCUUAACUAGAUGAGUUUUGUUUUUUUUUAUUUAAAUAUUUACUUAAUUUGAUCUAUAAUAUUAACUAGAUUAAAGAAUUUGUUCAGUGUUUUCUCUUUUUUUAGCUUCACCUACUUCCAAUCUUCAUAUAUUUCGGGAUUUCUUCAUCCUUCUUGGAUGUAUUAAUAUUUUUUCAGUUUCUAAUCCAUUUUAUCCUUUUCUUUUUGUUUUAGUUUCUGCUUCUUCCGUUCUGGAAUUAAGGCUCUGAGGAUUCGGCUCCAUUUCUUGAUAUAACGAUUAUCUUGAACGUAUUUGUUGUGUUCUUGUUGUGUUUAAGUUGACUCAUGGCUUUGAUUUUCUUCCUUGAGGAUUUUUAUAAAGUUCCUGUUAUUCUCCGAGUUUCAUUGUUUAGGGUUUCCUCGUGGGAUGGGGCGAUUUCUCCUCCAUUCACCCCCUACAUCUGCUCUCCAUUUUCCUUGCAUCUGUUCCCCGACCCCCGCUCUCUCUCCAUCUCUCCCGCUUCUGCAAUCGGGAAGAAGGCGAAGGGUGGGUCUCCCGUACCUCGCCAGAUCAUUUCCACGGACUGCUGAUUGUGCUGCGUUUUUUAUUUCCUUAAAAUUUAAAAUUCGAAACGUUUGUUUAUGACCUAGUUCUGCUUACGAAGGAUUAUAGUUACGACUAGAAAUUAAGAAUUUCAACCCGGAGGGCUACCGGAGUGGUACAUGCCCGAUCUCCUUCUUGUUUUUCUGUAGUUUUUUUUUUUUUUGUUCGCAAUUUAAUGUGUGUAACUGCAUCAUCUCAUGCAAUUUCCUGUUUCAUUUCUGAAGAGCACUUUAUACCCUUUUUAGUUUCCAUCAUUGUACUGAAAAUUAGCUUUUCCUUUAAAUGCUUUGUUAGAAAUAAAAUUUAGUUUUAAAUGGAAUACGAGACGAGGAAUUACACAAGAAUUGUGCUCCAUGAACAAGCAAUUUAAGGGUUUCCUCGUGGGAUGGUGCGAUUUCUCCUACAUUCAAUCAAUUUGUUCUAGAUUUCUUAGUGUUUUGUAGGUUUUUAAAGGAGUGUCUUCUUCCAAAGUCCCUUGAAAAGAGUUGACGCAUUAUGGCUGGGAUGGAUGACGAUGUAUCUGCAUUUGAUGACUGGUUGCCUUCAAGUAUCAGCCCAAAAACACUUUUUUCAGACGAUUCAUCGCAAAAAACAAACGAUGGUUCUCUAUCAGAGCCAAGAAAGCCAGGAGUUGUUGUCAAUGAUAGUAACCAAGAUUGUGCGACUGGAAUCCAGGUUUCAGAAGAAUAUUCGACAGAAUUGAACACCUAUAAUGUGCCAAAAUCCAGCACUCGAGGUGCAUUGUCUAAGAGAAUUGCUGGAAGAGCUGGCUUUGGAAAUUUAACCCUUGAUACAUCACAGAUCAGGAAAACUAGCUUUGAUUCCCCAUCCACAAAUGAUCGCUCCCCUUUAAUUACCAUUCCUCCGGGUUUAAGUCCAACAAUGCUGCUCGAUUCGCCAAAUUUGGUUUCUAAUUCUCUGAUUGAGCCAUUUCGGUCUACUGACAAGAUGGACUGCAUGGUGUGUGAUAAUAUUGGAGCUGCUAUUAAUGGUGACAAUAUAGAUCAUGCCACUGAAGAUAUUGAUCCUCCAUUACCUUCCUUUAAGCUGCCUCUGUUGCCUUUUUCAUGUGCAGAAUCAACGCCAGAAUUGAGUAUCCAUCCUCAGCAGCCCAAUCCUCAAGAUGGGUUUUCCACCUUGUCUAAAGAAAAGGGUUCCACUGACACAUUGAAUUCUAACCUCAAUAGCAAUCAUGUCCCUAUUCUUGAUGACCCUCAAGAAGGUGACGAUGGUCCAAAAGGAGAAUUCACUUCUGCUUUUCUUGUUGCUCCAACCAAGGAUGGUUACAACUGGCGCAAGUAUGGUCAAAAGCAGGUGAAGGGUAGCGAAUUUCCGCGAAGCUACUACAAAUGUACCUAUCCAAAUUGUGAGGUGAAGAAGAAGGUGGAGCUCUCUCAGGAUGGCCAUGCCACAGAGAUAAUCUACAAGGGAACUCAUAACCAUUUGAAAUCUUCCAUCCCAUUAUCUCACUCUGGUAAUGACUUGCAGAUUGAUGAACUGGAUCCUAACCAAUAUGCUUCUGUUCCUAUCGAACAAUGCGAGCAAUCAAGUCCUUACGCUGAAACUCCAGAUGGUGCAGACGCUUCAUCAUUUCUUUCAAAUGAUGAUGAGGAUGAACAGGAAACUCAUGGAAGUGCAUCUCCGGAUCGCGACAGCGAUGGAGAUGAAACUGAAUCAAAAAGAAGGAAGCUAGAUGCUUGUGCGCUUGAAAUGAAUGCAGCUUCUAGAGCAGUUCGUGAGGCGAGAGUUGUAGUUCAGACAACCAGUGAGAUUGAUAUACUUGAUGAUGGAUAUCGCUGGCGCAAAUAUGGGCAGAAGGUGGUUAAAGGAAAUCCAAAUCCUAGGAGUUAUUAUAAGUGCACCAAUCCAGGCUGCAAAGUUCGCAAACAUGUGGAACGAGCAGCAUAUGAUGUCAAAUCAGUGAUCACAACCUAUGAAGGAAAGCACAGCCAUGUAGUUCCAACAGCAAGAACUAGUAAUCAAGCAAGCUCGUCCACCGCCUCUAUCAUCACUACCGCAGCAUCACCUUCUUCCUGCCUUCUUCAGAAAAAAGCUGAAGCCGCUAGAAUGGCUGAUUGUUUAGGCAGGUUUGAUACUCCAGCACCUCUUGGGCCUUUUGGCCUACCCAGCAGAGAUCAACAGUUAGGACCAGCAGUCCCCAAUUUCUCUUAUGCAAGAGCACUUCAAGGCUUCAAUCCAAAUGUUGCCAUGGCUGGCUUGGGAAACCAGACAUUCAAAAUGUCGGUUCUCCCUCCACUUCCUGCUUAUAUGUCACAGAAUCACCCGGGUACUGUAGGCUACGUGGUGCAAACAAUUAUGGCUAAGGAAGAACCUGCAGUGAACUCCAGACCGCCGGUUCCCGGUAAUUUGUCGGUCUACCAUUCACUCUCUAGACGGCCUAUGGGACCUUAGCUUUAGAUGCUUAAAAAAACGUAGAUUUUGUGUUCAGUUGCUUAGGACUGGAGGAAAAGGAAGUUCUAAGCUUGCCUUCCUCUAUGGUUUAAGUUUCUUAAGAGAAUUGGGUUGUGGCUUCUAAUGGUGGAUCUUAUAGCUUUAUUUCUAUUUUGGAGUUAAUGGUUUGUAUGAAUUUCUUAUGGAAGUUGCUUUUCAUUACAGCGAGGUGUGUGUGUGUAUGCAAAUUGAUUGAUUUUUUUGAAUAAUAAUGAAUGUUUAAUUAUAGA